AAUUCAACUGCAACAAAGAAAGGUGGUCUAUCAAGUGGAGAUGUGGGAGUAAUACACAAAUACAAUAAUACAUUAAUUGAUGUCAAAUUUGACACACAACCAAAUAUUGAUACGACAUUAACAAUCAUGGAGUUUGUUCCCUUAACAAAGACUAUUGCUUCAUUCAAAAUCCCUAAUUUUACAUCUGGAAAGGUACAAUUACUACAUUCAUUAUCUUAUUUUCAUUACCAUGCUCCUUUAACAUCUGCAGUUGCUUUGACUCAAGCUCCAAACAUUGACCUUUCAGCUACAACUAGCACACCUACAUUUUCCAUAGGUGUAGAGCCAUGCUAUGAAAUUUCUUAUUGUAAAUUGACAAAGUACACUGUUGACAUCACUGUUAACAAACCAUAUUCUAGUGCUUCAUUAGGUGAUAAAGGGAACACGAUAAGGGAAUCAUAUAUACAUCACUUUGAUGCAUCAAAAAAGAAUGUUGUUGUAUGGGAGAUUACCAUAACGUUCUUAACAAAUGAAAAUGAUCUUCAACUACUCAUCCCUGAAUACAAUGAUCAGUGGGCUGAUCGCAUGCAAGACUACUUAAACGGGCUGGAUGAGGAGCUUUGGUCAUGUAUUACUGGAAAUAGUACUCCUCCACCAAAUGUUCAAGCAAUUGGAUCUUCAUCUGGAAAUUCAAGUGUUACUGAUCAAUCUUAUAGAUUGAAGUAG